GGGAAUUCCGUACUCGACACCAUGCAACAAGAUAUCAAAAAAUGGAAGCCUUCAUUCCGUACUAAGUCACUUAAUACCAGCCCUGUGACGCCCCAAACACCAAUGUUUGCACCCAGACCAAGAUCCAAUACUGUACCUAGCAUAGCGUAUGUUUCGAGCAGGACAUGUCUACGCGAAGCUAGUGUUUCCAGCGAGGAACUCGAGGAAGAGAAUCGUGAUGACGAACUGCUUGACCAAUUUGCAUCUAACAUAUUGACUAUUGUCAAUUCACUUCAAAAGCAUCAACACGAAGUGUUAUGGAACAUUUGAAACAACAAACACACACCACUAAUAAUUCCACGACCUUGCUCGUUCACUCAUUACUGCAUUUCCCUAUAUUUUACAUUCAUUUACUAGCACCACCCAAGCAUUCGCACAUUCACUAAUAUUAGUACGUUAUCUUUGAUAUACC